AUGUCCGCCUCGUUAGAUAAAUCAUUAGACGACAUCAUCUCGUCGACCAAAAAGACUUUCAAGUCGAAAAGACCGGAUGCAAAGAUUGGUGCUGGUGCCAAGGGAAACCACAACAAGGUUGGUAAAAAGUUGACGACCGGUGCUGUCAAGAGCAGGAAGCCUACAACUGUGUCGUUCAACAGACCAAAUGCUCCAAAAGCGGCUGCUGCUCCAGAGAUUGACUUGAGCUACGCUACCAAAGUCAACGUUUCUGGGUUACCAAAAGAUUUAAAAUUUGACAAUGUCAAGGUAUGUUUCAGGUCAUAAGAAAAUAAAAGGAAAAUCAAGAAAGAGGGAAAAUUUAUUUUCGUGAAAAUUUGUUAUGAAAUGAUAUGUUGUCAACAUCCGCUGCUUGGCUUUUGCUUAACCAAGUAUCAUCGAUGAUGAAGAUGAUUAUGAUGAUGACGAUGAAGGGGUUUUUUUUGGAGUUCUUCUCCACCAGAACUAUACAAAGGCUGGUUCCUUUGCUCGGUUUUGUUUUUUUUUUUUUUUUGCUUUCCAGUAUGGGAUUUGAUUCUUGAUCUGCUGACUAUUUGGAUGCGCCUAGCGGCGGGCUCAUAUCUCGCAUAGCCACCAUCGUGCAGGUUUGCAACACGUGGUGUGCUGUUGUGCGGGUGGAGUUUGAUCGCGGAGGGUACACCUUUUUGAAAAUUCGACCCUUGGGACUAGUGUGGGCGUCGUUGGACCAACUUAUUUGCACCUCACCCUUCCUUAUCCUCGAGGGUUUUUUCAUAAGGGUCCCGUUGAUGCGACCCUUUGCUUCUUUUUUUUUCUUCUGCAUGCUGUGGACUUUUGGACGGAUGGACUUUUAUGCGACUUUCCAGUUUCGUUGGCCUUGUUGUGACAGACACCACCAUUGUCAUCACCACUGCCAUCACCAGCACAAUGCGUACGUCCUUUGGCUUCAGGGAUUGACUAUGUUUGAAUUCAGACUGAAAAGCGGGGGGAUUGCCGAUACUAGGGAUCACUGAAACUUCGGGUCGAGGGAGCAAAAAAAGUCUUUAUGGAACGAAAUUCACUUAUGCGAGAUGGGAAUUAUGCAUGUGUGUGAUUUUUUUUUUUUGGUCGUAUGGUUUCGAAAAGCGUGCAAAUUAACACGGGCCUCAAGCAGUUGAGCAGAUGUCAUCCUGAAUUUUCAUCCUCCAUAAGUCCACCAGCCAUCCCAGUCACCACUACGUCGCCGCAUUAUUUUUAUUUUUCUUUCUUUUUUCCAACUCAGCAGAUCUUGUUUCAACAUAUGGGAAUUCAAUCCGGGGCAACACUGGAUCUUUUUACAAAACAAAAAAAAGCAUCAUGUUUUCAUUUCUUGAUUUAGUUUUUUUUCACAUCACGUUUCAUUUCAUUUCAGAUUUUUUUUUUUUUCAUUUUCCUUGUAAACAAUCACAUGUAUAUAAGAGAGACACUAACAUUUUUAGGAAUUUUUCCAAUCGCAAGUUGGAGGAGUUAACAAGGUGGAUAUGAGCUACAACGAGAAAGGUCAAUUCAAAGGCUAUGCCACCAUUAUAUUCAAGUCGAGCAAGAAUGCUGCUUUGGCUGUUGAAAAGUACAAUGGUGCAUCCAUUGAUGGCGGAGCAGGAAAGUUGAGACUAGAAUUGAUCAUUGACAUUUCCAAAAAGCCAUUGGCAUCUAGAAUCGCUGCCAAGCCCGUUCAAGCAGCUGCUAAAGCAGCCACUAAAGCCAAAGCUCCAAAAGCUGGAACCAAGAAAGUCUUGGUUAAGAAGACCGUUAAGAAGCCCACCAAGAAACCAACCAAGAAGACUGUUGAGGAAUUGGACCAAGAGAUGGCUGACUACUUUGACAACUAG